UUACUUCAACUUAUGAAACGGAUUAGCUAUCAUUUGCUGAAAAUAUUUUCCGAAUAAUAUUUCUCAUUAAAUUUUGAUUAGCAACACUUGAAAUUACUGAACAAUUCAUUUAAAUUUGCUUACAAGGAAUAAAAUGGAGAAUAGUAAAGAGCAAAAUAUGAGACGGGGAACUCGCCUCAUUCGCACCUCCACUUCGAUCAAAUUCGAUUACAAUGUAGCAACAAUAUUGGAUGAAUGGCGCCGAAUAAAGUUUAUAAGAUAUGAAAAUGAACAAGAAUGGAUGCCAAAAGAAAUGCCGCAUACUACGAAGUAUCGGAAGCAAGUCCAAGGCCUGUAUGCAAAAGUGAAUAAAGAAAUAUAUAAAAUGAAAGGGAAGCAAAGCUUUAUCUCCGAGCAUCUCAGCAUGAUGAGCUCGAUACGCGGUACUAGAGCUAUGGGCGGACUGAAAUUAACCAUCAGCGAUAUCAUGGAUGGGGUACCCAGCAUGACAAUGGUCUUCCGGGAAAACGAGCUUGCUGGUGCUCUAUCAAGUGUGUUACCAAUGCCUUCAAGAAUUUUCAGAUGCAACGAUUAUAUUCAUGUAGUGCUGCGCCCAACUAAUUCUGUAGUGCUUUAUGAACAUAACAGUGAGUCGGUGCGAAAGGGUUCUCCCGAAUCGUCAGAAGUAAUUGACGACAACUUAGUAUAUGAAUAUCUGACAAUGGGAGAGGGACGCUUGCGCGGACGCAGGGAUAGCGAAGCGCAAACGCGCAGUGUAUUGCUUUUGAACGCGGCAGUCGAAACUGGUCAUAUAUAUCAAAGGGACUCCAAUGAUUAUACAUCCAGAUACGAUAUAUAUGACACAAUGCAUACACAUAAACAACACAAAAAACAGAGUAAUCUCGCGAAAUGCCCGACCAAAGGCACAGAAGACUGUCUGAAUGCACUGGCUCACAGUGCGUCCUUUGCCAGAGCUGUAAUGCGUAUCGAACGCGGUUUGUCUAUUAAUUCCCAUAUUAGGGGACAGAUGCAUUAUCGCAAUUUAUUAAAACAGACGGGACUACACAAAAAAGGCAUGUACUCUUAUGACAUCCAAGAGCUCUUCCGUUUCACCCAACCGCCUUUUGAAAGUCUGAAUCAACCAUUUAGGGUGCGUAAAGCAGUUUCGGAUUUAAGUUUUUGCUUCGGCAAUGCCGAUCUGGUUGCCGUCGCUUACGGCAUAUACUCGUAUGCGGUACAAAUACCAGCAACGACUGGCAACGUAUGCGUGUGGAGUAUUAAGAAUGUAUUGCAUCCGGAACGCACGUAUUCCUACAACUCUCCAGUUACGGCAGUGUCUUUCUCGCCUUUCGAUCACUCACUCAUCGCAGUGGGUAUGGCCAAUGGUUGGCUGGAAGUACGCGAUAUAAGCGUAGAAAAUAAUCCACCACUGUUAAUUAUAAAUAAAUCAGCUAUAACAGGCAAUGAUCCCGUUAUUGCAAUUAAAUGGUAUUUGAAGCCCAUUUUUCCAUGUCAAGGUUUUAAGCGUUUCAUAACUCUUUCACGAACUGCAGUGGUUCGUAAAUAUCGUUUUCACAAUGGACCUCAUGUUUUCACCACGGAAUUGACACGUUUGACUCGCGUACGUGGUGACACCGAAGGCUUGUCUUUGCAUAGAGAUGCCCCAGACUUAGAACAACUUUCCGACAGCACCUUGUUCUGCUUCAACUUAACCUUGGAUCCACUGAAUAGAGACUUAUACUACGUACUGACCGAUCAGGGUUGCAUACAUAAUGGUUCAAUGACACUGGAGCACAGUUUCUCGCUGCCAUUACGCACACACAUAUAUGGAUCGGUCAACUGUAUGGAGUUUUCGCCGUGGUCACCGAAAAUAUUCCUUACAUGUGGCAAUGAUUGGUUCGUGCGAGUUUGGAUGCUUGGGGUGACGGAACCACUUCUAGAGCUAACCCAUAAAAUGUUUCCUGUACAUUAUGCCGCCUGGAGCCCCACUCAAUCGACCACAAUAUUUUCACUGACACGGAAAACACUCGACAUAUGGGACAUACGCAAUCCAUUUAGACCGAUCCAAUCCGUGAAUGUGGCCUCGAGUCACAACACCCUGUUCAAGCCCUCACCAAGUGGCACCGCCAUUAUGAUUGGUAAUGAGCAUGGCGAUGUAAUUGUUUGUGGUGUGAGCGAAACCUUUAUUCUGUCCAAAUUUCAAUACGACACGAUGGAGCACGCACUUUAUGCCGGCAUACAGAGCGAGAGUCUUCGCCAGCGGGUAAAAGAAGCUGGAUUUUUCGGUUAUGCCAACAAAAGUAAUCGAAGAAUGUUUCCAGCAGUUUAUGCACGCAUUUAAGAAUCUUUGAAAUUAAUAGAUGUGUUCUAGGGGUGCACAUAAUAUAUAUUAUUUCAAUUUGAAAACUAAAGUCUAGUCUGAGGGGGCCAAAGUCAUUCUGGCGUCAUAGAUCCGACUGUCGUCGAAACAAAAAUAUCUCCUAUUUUAAUAACGCUAAAAAUAAUAAAAAAAUUUAUUUUUGAGAAAUCAA